AUGAUCGUGCUCGCAAUGAUGAGCUUGUCUGCCACAAAAGGUUUUGCUAAGUGAUUCUACUGUCGCACAAGGUUGACGAAAUGUGCUUUUGCAAGCGUAGACUUGAAAUGUGGCAAACACGACACGACAGCCUUUAUGCACUGAUGAUGGGUGUCGUAAUGAGCGCAGGUGAUCGAAAUUAUACCGCGGGCAGCUUUCAGAAAUUCGAUUGUUGUUUCGGAACUGAAGACGACACACCUGCUAGACCAAAUAUUAAUAGCUGUAUAUCUCAUUUAUAUAUGUUUAUUUUGGUGAGCUGGCUGGCAGUGGACGAGGCAUAAGGCUGGAGGGUUGUUUAUUACGAGGUCAAGUCAUUUUUAGUGUGAGGACGCAGUUUGACAGAUAUUUGGUAAUAAAAGCAAUACUAAACAGCACUUAAAAAUACAUUGGCGAUUGUCAUCAAUAUGUUCUUCAACGCAAAUGCAUUUAUCCCGCCCUGCAUUCUCGCGCGCGAUGUGCUGAAAUUCUCAAAGCUUGUAGCAGCAUUUGAUCUCUACAGAUGCUUGCAAGAACUAGAAUCCUUAUUGCUCUUGGAUUUACUUGUAUUGUAUCAUCCGCUCAAAGAAAAAUACAAAUACUGUAAUUCCGUCUCAUGGGCACCAUUAGAACAAUCAAAAGUUGUUCAGAGAAAUUGCUAUUGUCUGGUGAAGCCACUAUCUGAGACAGCAGGGCUCUCACCAUUCGUAAAUAUAUCGAGAGUCUAGACAUUUCUCUCUGCAUCCAUCCAUUAUAUCUUCUAGCGAAAAAGAUAUAUAGUACAUGACAGCAACAUUUUGAAGUGUGUAGAAGACACCACACUGCAACAUUCCUGCCACAUCAAAUUGAAUACGUGUCUAUCAGGGCUACAAAAGAAACUUAGGCAUCAUGGACAAGUACGUUGGCGAGCAACCAUUAUAUGAAUACAAUUUUGAUGCUGUUUAUGACGAUUUCUUUGUGCGUUGGGCAGCAAUCAGAUGGAUGCUGCAUUGAUGACAUUUGUGAACUGUCUUGGCGCGGUGAUCAUGGUGUCUGUGGUUGGUUUUCACUACCUAACAGCCAAGCCCAAGGACGCUGAUAUGUAAGAAUGAUAUAUGCGAUUAUCAAACAAGUACGUGCUUGAAUUACAGCCACAUAAGUACAAACUCACAAGUAAACCUUUACAGUUGUCGCUUGAGCACCAAUAUUGGCUGAGUCAUUUGUGGUUCCUCAACACUUAAGCAUAAUAAUCUAAUGGUGUCUUCAGACAGUAAAUAGCAAAAUCGACAAUUGGAUCCAUGACAACUUCGAAGCAGAUUUUUGGUGAUGAUAAAUCAAUUUUAUAUAUUAUAUAUUGCCUGGGAUUUAAAGAUCGUAAGACCUCAAACCUACAACAGAUAACGAUUCACAUGCUAUCUACCUUGUUGAAUCUUCUUUUUAUCUGCAACGUAGAUAAUAGCUCGGUGGUAGCGCAUUCGGCUCAAGUCAAGUUAGAAAGUGAUCUGUGUUUUGCGUUCUGGUCCAAAUGGUGGCCUCUAGUUAAAAAUACUUUUCUAGACUUUUAAAGCACAAAAUCUGUUUCGAAUGACUUUGUAGACGAAAUAAAUGUUCAUUUAUCGAUACUUUUCAUCAGCGCAAUCGUUUACAUGAAAGCAGGAGUCUCCUAUAAGGUAUUUGUUCGAAACACAGGGCAAAUGUGCUCGUCUUGACCUAAGCUAGGCAUCAUCUGCACUAUUU